CGACAAUGAAACUUUAUAUUGGUUUGUGCUUUUUGGUGGCCUUUGCCUCGGCUGGCUUGGUGCCGGUCAUCCCAUUGGAGGAAAUCGAGCAACGCAUCACCAAUGGUGAAUUGGCCAAGGCUGGUCAAUUCCCCUAUCAAGUUGGCUUGAGCUUGGUCAUUGGCAACUCUGGAGCCUGGUGUGGUGGCACUUUGAUUUCUGAUCGUUGGGUCAUGACUGCUGCUCACUGCACGGACAGUGCUGAUGGUGUCACCAUCUACUUGGGUGCCAUCAAUAUAAAGGACGACAAUGAAAAGGGUCAACAAAGAAUCUACUCCUCCAAGUCUAAUAUUGUUGUACAUCCCGGCUGGAAUCCCAGCACCUUGAGCAACGAUAUUUCCCUGAUCAAAAUGCCCAUUGCUAUUGAAUUCAAUGAACGUAUCCAGCCAGCCACUUUGCCCAAGAUGGAUGGCAAAUACUCGACCUAUGAAGGCGAUAUGGUGUGGGCUUCUGGUUGGGGCAAACCUAGUGAUGCGGCCACCACCGUUUCUCCCGAACUACGCUACAUUGAGGUGCCAGUUUUGAAGCAGAGCACCUGUAAGACCUACUACGUAGGUGCCGUAACUGAUAAGAUGAUUUGCAUUAGCGGCAAAGAUGGCAAAUCCACCUGCAAUGGUGACUCGGGCGGCCCCUUGGUCUACAAGGAUGGUGGUAUUAACUACGUUAUCGGAGCUACUUCCUUUGGCAUUGCUUUGGGCUGUGAGAAGGGCUGGCCCGGUGUAUUCACCCGUGUCACAUCUUACCUGGAUUGGAUCGAAGAGGUAUCGGGUGUUGUCAAUAAGUAAAUGACAUCAAUUUUUAUUCUGGAGUCAAAUAUAUUUAAAUAGAAAAAAUA